UAUUACGUACAACAUUAUUAUAAUAAUAUCGCGCACGUGUCGUCGCGUGCGACCGUAUUAUUAAUCGGUUUUCGUAACAGAUUUCCUCGUCGUGCACUACCAACCGAACGCGGUGCAACUGUUGCGUUCAUUUAUUUCACCGAAUUUACCGAUGAAUAGGGGUACACCCCGCACGACAGCGAUAACUCACGGUUCAAAUCCUCGCACGUCCCAGCCGUGUGAAAUAUGGAAUUCAAUCGAAUUAUAGAACGAUGUUCGUGUUGUGCGACGGGGUUUGAUCGUUUUGUAGGUUUCGUAGGUCUAUGGUGAAGCACGUUUAAAAUGAAAAAGGAGAAGAAAAAGCACAAAGACAAGAGCAAGAAACAAUCUUCGGAAUGCUCGCCAGGUUGUAGCAGCAUGGACUGUAUGGGUCUACAACAAAUCCCAUCAUCGCCGCCGCCGAGUUACGAGCACAGUUUACAAGAGCCAGGACAAUCUUCAGACCACGGUCAAAUGGUCGCAGACGACGAGAACUGCGCCGGAGGAAGUAGUCAAAUGUGUGGCUCCGAGAUUGAGUGCCAAAGCAACGGUUCGCCCGUCAGACAAGAAAUAUUCCACAAAAGCAGCAAAGAGUUUUACAAAGCGGUUGCUGCUCAGUGGGGUAUAACGUGUAAGAUGAGCGACCACUGCAGAUGUCUCGAAUGUCAGAGUCGGUACUUUGAUUGUGAAUAUGACCAAGAGAACGAACAGGAGAAGACGGACGGCGGUCUGGGAGCAGGCACACCGAUGUUCUUGUCCGAAGUCAUGCACGGGUCCACUUGCACAUUAAUUUAAUUAAUGCAUAUUUUUCACACAAUAGAUUUGUUAUUUUUUUAUGAAAUAUCAAAUUGUUAUGGCAGAAUUGUCAAGUUUACUGACCAAUGACCAGCCAAACGAUAACCAUACAUAUAUAUUUAUAUUGUUUUGCGUAACGACAUGUUUGAUAACAUUGCCCAGUGCCUACUUAUUAUAUUAAUAAACAUUUUUAAUCAGGCUAUA